AUGACCAUUGCCAAUUUAAAAGAAUACGCCCGCUUAUCAAUGGCAAUUAAGAAAGCCCGCCAGGAAGGAAAGAACCCCACUGAAUUAUUAAUCCAAAGGCAAAAGUUAAUUAUCAUCGGGCCGCCUAGAAAAGAGCCUAAAUCCCGCACAGAAAUUAAUCGCAACUAUUACCAAAGAAACAAAGAAAUUUUACAGGAGCAAGCCACAAUUAACAAAGCAAAGAAGCAAGAACAAGAGCAGGAAAGACGAGAGCAAGAAGUAAAAGAAUUAGCUGCGAAACUUUACGAAGCCAAUAGCAUUAAAGUUUUGAUGAGUUUUAAACAAUACACCGAAUUAAAAAAAGGUAAAAAGUUAUGGUUGGACUUCUCCCAAACUCUCCAAGAUUUAACCGCAGGAGUGGGCGACAUAAUAAGCAUUAUGAAGUUGCGAGAAGUGUCCGAAAAUCUGAUUAGUGAUUAUUGA